ACAGCAUUGCCAGAUCGAAUCCAGUCCCCGUUACGGAUUGCAACUAUCAACACAACAACAGGAACAACCCGACUAACCCACCAGUCUGCCCGCAGUACUGCCUCUGCAUCGCCGGAGAGGGCCUUCCAGGAGCGCGUGCAAGAGAUCUCUCAGGUCAGCAGUGACCCAUAUCCGCGCCUGGUGACAGAUGCGCGCACCGUGAGCUGCGGCGAGUUCCGCACACGGUAUGCCCACCUGGGAAACAAUGAAUCAGUAGAGGAGCCGGUGGUGGUCUCUGGUAGGAUUCGUACCUAUAGACUGGCCGGGAGCAAAUUGAUCUUUUUCGAUAUCGUGCAAGAUGGUCAUAAGAUUCAAGUGAUGUGCAACAAGCGCCAGCUUGAAGGCGUCUCUCCCGAGCAGUUUAAGAAGUUAUAUCGUCUGCUUCGUCGCGGCGAUGCCUUUUCUAUUACUGGUAAACCACAUCGCACUGGACGAGGCGAGCUCACCGUCGAUGCGACGGAGCUUCCUACGUUACUCGCGCCAUGUCUACACGAUAUCCCUCUUCGUGACAGUUCCCACGAGACUUCGCCCUAUCCUCGCCAUGUUCAGUUCUUGGCCGAUCCAUCGGUGGCACAGAUCAUUCGUGCGCGGUCGUCCUUGACACAAUACCUGCGCCAGUUUUUCGUGGACCGGUCGUUUAUGGAGGUCAAUACCCCUAUCAUCGGGGCUGAGGCCGGUGGUGCUAUUGCCCGACCAUUCUCAACUUCGGCCACAGAGUUCCCGGAUCGUGAGCUGUCCUUGCGAAUUGCGCCGGAGCUGUGGCUGAAGCGGUUGGUCGUGGGAGGAUUCGACAAGGUCUUUGAGAUUGGCCCAUCUUUUCGCAAUGAAGGCAUUGACAAGACACACAAUCCCGAGUUCACGACUUGCGAAUUCUACCAGGCCUACGCCAACCUGGAGGACUUGAUGCGCACCACCGAGGACCUUUUGUCGGGAAUGGCAUCCCAUAUUAAAGCCCUCAACGAAGAUGGCACGCUUAACCCAACGACUGCCAACUUCGCCACGCCAUUCCGCCGCAUCGACUUCAUCGGUGGCAUCGAAGAACGUAUACAGCGGAAACUCCCCGACCUCACCUCCCCCUCUGCCCUCGACGAGAUCCGCACUCUUUUCCACGACCUUUCCCUCCCCUUACCCGAAAACGCCAAUCUCCCUCGCCUCCUCGACGAACUGUGCAGCAUCUACGUCGAAACCGACUGCAUCGAUCCAACCUUCAUCAUCAAUCCGCCAGAAUGUCUCUCCCCGCUCUCAAAAUCCUUCACACACCCCGUUACAAAGCAAAUCGUCGCCGCACGCGGUGAACUCUUCAUCGAAGGGAAGGAAGUUGUAAAUACCUACGAAGAGGAGAACUCGCCCUUCGAACAACGCCGCAAAUUCGAGGACCAGCUGCGCUUCGGCAAGGCCGUCGGAGAACCGGGCGAGGUGGAUGAGAAUUACCUCGAAGCCCUGGAAUGGGGACUCCCUUCCACCGGUGGCUGGGGAUGUGGCAUUGACCGACUGGCCAUGCUUUUCACAGGAGCCAAGCGUAUCGCUGAUGUGUUGCCAUUUGGCACUCUCCGUGCUGUUAGCCGUCGCACUGAGUAA